AUGAAGAACCAGACCAUGGUGGUGGAAUUCAUCAUCGUAGGACUGUCCAACAACCACCAUGUCAACAUCAUCCUGUUUGCAGUUCUAUUAGUUGUUUUCUUAUUGACUGUGAUAGGAAACAUCACUGUUGUCACCCUCUCGUUGGUGGACCAUCGCCUCAAGUCCCCCAUGUAUUUCUUCCUCAGGUACUUCUCCCUCUUGGAAUUCUGUUUCACCUCUGUCAUCAUGCCCAGGUUCCUCUAUAGCCUCCUCACAGAGAGAAAAUCUAUCCCCCUCCCUGGUUGUUUCCUUCAGUUGUUGUUUUUCUUCCUCCUGGGCACCUGUAUAUUUUUCCAUAUGGCUAUGAUGUCCUUUGACCGCUACAUGGCUAUCUGCCAUCCCUUGCAUUACGGCACCAUCAUGAAUGGCAGGGUCUGCUUUCCCCCAACAUUUAUGGUUGUGCUGUUACCGUUCUGUGGCCUCAAUGUCAUAAACCACUUCUACUGCAAUACAGCCGAGGCCAGAUAUCUCGGCUCUGCUUUUUCAACAGUAUUUCUCCAGGAGUUUGAGGGAACUUAUUCCUCCGAGGUACCCAUGUUGCAAUAA